AUCUUCCUUGUUGAUGGGCGCUGAUUGGCUCACUCCGGCGAGCGCAGCGAAGAGCUACGUUAAAUGACUUUCCCCCUUUACCGUAUAGCGGUGAUGCACGCUCAGACACCUUGAGUUUACGCCGGUCCACGUCAGGGGUAGCAUAUUGGCAUGGAGCUCAACCACAAACAAGAGGAACAGAGCGAGCUGUUCGCCGGCUUUAGCUCGGCCUUUAAAUCGUUCGCCACUGAAGCGAUUCACGUCGGCCAGGAACCGGAACAAUGGAAGUCAAUGGCAGUGGUGCCGCCGAUAUCGCUGUCUACCACGUUCAAGCAGAACGGACCAGGAAACCAUGCUGUAAGUACCCCUGUAUGACUGGUUACUUAAGGAGAGGGGGCCAAGGGGGUGAUGGGAACAGCCAAGUGGUAUGCACGUGCGUAUAGCUCAUAUGUGGAGUCAUGCACGAGGACUUAGGUUGGCUAUGUAUUAGCGUAAUCUUUUGUUUGAAGACAUAAAUUGAGGUUUUUAUUCGAGAGAAACAUUAUUCUCUCAACAGAAUAACCUUGAAUAUUGCUGUAGAAUAUCUAUUGUUUCAUUAGAAUGUAAAUGGUUGUUGGACAAACAGUCUACACAUUACCCCAUACAUGGUCAGUGGUAUAUAUUGUGUUGUAUAAAAGCUAGGGCUUACAUUGGAAGUAUCCAGAACAGUACAGACCCCUUUAUUUAUCCAACCUUUGUGAAUGACUAACUUUGUAUACGUGUCCUACACUUGUAUUACCUGUUAAGAGUCAGUCAUAGUAACACAGUAAGCCUGGGAGUUUCCUCAACAGUCAAAUCUUCCCUACAGUUCAAACCAGGAUUUGUAGUAAGCUAUAAAUAUGCACUUUCCCCCCUUCACUUUUAUAUUCCCUUUUAGAUUAGUCUUUUAAUUUGUCUUUGCUAAUGAUUAUAGAGGGGCUAGGUUUGGAUUAUAAGUUUGGAUGUGCUAUUGUUGCUUCAAUAUCACACAGACCGGCACACCAUUAAAUGAACGAGAGCACAGUUCACCCAGGUUCUUCUGUGUCUGGGACCAAGGUCCAACAGGCAGAGACUGACUUAGUCUUCCACUGUUUUAAUCCUAAUCUUGAAGAAAAUGAACAGCACUGAGCUGAAAUGAUUCGAUAUUACCUAACAAACACCCAGUCCACCACUCUUGCUGAUCUCCUGACCUCUUGACCUUAUUUUGUAUUUGUGUUCUCUGCCCCAGUGAAUACUCACCACAAUGUUCUGACCGAGCUCACAAUGCCGCUAUUUCACAUGCAGUACAAUUUGAAACCCCUCUUUGACCUCUUAAAACACCAGCUGCCAGUAGUUCAGUAAUUGUACAAGAAAACCUGUCAAACUAGAGCUGUAACAUUGAGGAUUGUUUAGGGUUGUUAGCCUUGAAUAGAAGUUUUGUGUUGCAUUCUGGAGGCGUCUGGAAGCUACAGCCUUCAGUGUUCACAAAGUUCAUCAAGACAUAUGCCUCUUUUACAGAUUUCUUUUCAGAGAAUCCCCAAACUCCUCAUGCAAACUAGAGAUGUUUUUCCCAUACUUGUAUCAUUUCAAUGGCAAAAACAUAUGCACAGCAGGCGACUUUUUCAACAGUUAUCUACGUUAUCUAGAACAACGUUGUAGUCGCCCCCAGUCUGGAGCCUGAAUACCAGUUGUCUUUUUCCAGUAGAAAGAAGUUAAAUUACUGGUUAAGACCCUGUUAUUUAAAAAGGCAUAAAUAGCCUGUCUCACCUCAGAAUAAACACUUUGUAAUUAGCUGUCCUCACAGCUGUCAGUCCUGUGCACACAUCAGUUUUAUUAACAGAUAAGUUGAAGAGUAUUACUUGUGUUGCAGUUGUCUGUGAUAGCAGUCAGCCAUUGCAUGUGAUAAUGAUGUGUUACGAAACUCUGUUUGGUGAGAAAGAGAAUGACAGUUGUGUUAGGCAACAUGUCUGCCAAAAAUGAAAAUGCUUCAUAAGUUACUUGAAAACAGUAUGUUAUGGCAAAUUACUUUUUGGAUUGUAAUGUCUGAUUCACAUUUUUGCAGGGGUUUGAAUAUAGCCGGAGUGGAAACCCUACUAGAAACUGUCUGGAGAAGGCUGUGGCUGCUUUGGAUGGAGCAAAGUAUUGUAAGAAAGAUUGUUCCGCGAAACUAGAGCGAGCAUAUUCUACAGAAACACUAAGAAUUGAAUCACAUCAUUUCUGACAAAAGAGCUCAACUUGAGAGUUUGAAAAUUGCAAACCACAGCCUCAAUUUGCUCUGAUAUUGCAAGGAUUUGUGAUCUCACAGAUGUCUGCUUCACUCCUGCAGGUCUGGCUGUUGCCUCAGGGCUGGCUGCCACAGUGACCAUCACUCACAUGCUGAAGGCCGGUGAUAGCAUCGUCUGUAUGGAUGACGUGUACGGAGGUGAGAACACUCAUUAUUACAAGUUUCCCAAUGCUCUUAGAAACCUUACAUCCACCCACUUGUGAGUCAAAGCAUAAUUGUGAGAACUGUCUUUUUCUCAUUGCAAGGCACAAACCGCUACUUCCAAAAAAUUGCGCGGGAGUUUGGCUUGGAGGUGUCUUUUGCUGACUGUACAAAGCCAGAGAAGCUGAAAGCUGCUUUGAAAAACAACACCAAAGUAAGACAACGGUCUUUCUAAAAGAUUUAGUAUUGUUGUGUUUUAGGUCUAUAGAUGAUGUGGUUUCAUUUAAUUUUCCUCUCCAACAUAUUUCCUUUAAUUUCAGUCCACAGACAAACAAAAAAAAAGUUGUGUACUUGUUGCAUAAUUGAUUGUGUCACUUUUUUCCUGGCAAACUUGAAGCAGUCACUGUGACUCAGCAUUUUUUAAACUAAUGCCAGGAAAGAAAUCUGUUUACCAAACAUCCUUUCUAAACAUACUGCUACAGUUAAAUGACAUCAUGUUGUUUCCUGUGUAGAUGGUGUGGAUUGAGACUCCCACCAACCCCACCAUGAAGGUAGUUGACAUCAGAGCCUGUUCUGAUCUGGUCCAUGAACACAACAAAGACAUAGUGGUGGUUGUGGACAAUACCUUUAUGUCCGCCUACUUCCAGGUGAGAGUGACAGAUGGGCACUUCACGCUCUUUGAAGUUGAAGCAGCAGCUUUAUGGUUUACUGCUGUUGAAUUCCAGCUCAUGUGGAAAUGAGUCACUGAUUAACAUGUGUGUUUGUCGUGUACUUGUAGCGCCCCUUGGCUUUGGGAGCAGACAUCUGCAUGUAUUCAGCCACCAAAUAUAUGAAUGGUAGGUUGUGUACUUUCAUUUUUAGAUUGUUAAAGUUGAUCAGAAAGUCACAGGGUCAAUAUUUGCAUCAAAAAACUAAAACUCCACCAGAAUAAAUCAUCAUAUGAAAACUAUUCUCAGAUCAUAUCAAUAUACCACUCAAAAGUUAUCCCAUUUUGGUCUGUUUGAGUAGCUUUUGCUCUCUUUGUCAUUAAUUCUCACUCUUUCCUCCCUUUCAUUUUGAUAGGACACAGUGAUGUGGUAAUGGGUCUUAUCUCGGUGAAUCGGGAGGAUCUGUAUGACAGACUCAAGUUUUUACAAAAUGGUGAGUUGAAAAGAAACAACACAUGACUAAUCGACGUUCUUCUGGAGAUGUCUGUGGAAUUGCUGCUUUGACGCACUUGAUCAGAUCAAACAGCAUGGUGCCAAACUGGCAUGUAUGUCGUACUGAACAUGUGUUGACUUGUUCUUUAUUUAUCCAGUAAGAGGGCAAACAUUUGCCUGAACCAGUUAUUCAAAAUGUGGUUUAGUAAUACGUGUUAUUCAAGGUCACAGUUGGCUUUGAGUUUUGCCACACUCUCAGUUGUUUCAGCCUGGCCUACAUUCGCUCAUUAAACAACCACAAGAUGCUCCUGAGGCCAGAGCUAAGAACCAAACUAAAACCUCUCCACACUGGACUGUUUGUUUGCACUCAGCUUUCAUUUUUGUUCCAGUUCUGGGUUUUAAAGGUGUUGUAACAUCUGUGUAAAUUUCAGCACUGGGCGGUGUUCCCUCUCCCUUUGACUGCUACCUGUGUAACCGAGGACUGAAGACACUACACCUGCGGAUGGAGUGCCACUUCAAGAACGCCAUGGCUGCGGCUAAGUUCCUGGAGGCGGAUCCCCGGGUGGAGCGUGUCAUCUUUCCAGGUAUUGCUUCUGCUGCUGAGCGUAGCAAUGGCGCCAUAACAACCCUUGCAUAAAACCCAGCCCUGAGUCACAACUUCCAUGCCAGAGUAUUGUUUCGACAUGCCCACUACUACUCUACUAAACCAAAGUGCAACAGAAUAAGCACCCAGGGUUAUCUUUUUAAUUCCACGGUGAAGUACGCAGACUCUGUUAUGAAACAAGAGGUUAUUUAUUGGCAGAGUUGUUUAAUUUAAGGGCCAUUUCAGUUCACAGUGCCGAGCGUGGCGUAUUUUCAGUCAUCUAUUACAAUCUUGUCAUAAAACACAAUGAAUAGGUGACUUAUUUAGUUAAAACAAACCCCAGCCACUUGACCUCUGCAAAAAAAGUUUACACUCUCCUGAAAAGGUGGUAACAGGCGAUUAAAGUCCAAACAGUCCAGGGCUCAUGAGCAAACGUUUAAUCCCCUCGCUAGUGGCAUGCUGCAGCAAGAACAUAAAAAUGUGUUCAGACUGGCCUUCGGUCUGUGUUACCUUGUAGAAAAGUUUCCAACCAUUUACAUUUACUUGAUUUCAGAUGCUUUAUAACCAAUCCUCUCUUACUCAUUGACUCCCACAGUUUUAGUACAGUAACCUCAGAUGACAUCUGCAGUUAGAUGUUACAUCUUUACCUGCUGCUGUUUGCUGGCAGUGGAUGGAAAGGGUGAAUAGUGCAGAUUAAAAGUUGCUUGAGUUCAAACAUGCGCAGUAGAUUUUAAAUAAACAAUAUAAAUUACAGUGGUGUCUUCAAACCCAACAACAGUCAGAGGGCGGGCACACCUCUCCUUUUCCACACUCGAGUAAAGUACAACAUCUAUUAUCCCUACCUGGCAAGAUGUAACCUGUUCUUCUUCUCUUAGGCCUGCCCUCUCACCCUCAACAUGAAGUUAUGAAGAGACAGUGCACCGGAUGUCCGGGGAUGAUCACCUUCUACAUUAAGGGGAAACUGGAGCAUGCAACUGCCUUCCUCAGCAACCUCAAAGUAAUUCAUCCAUUUGUGAUCUUUGAUCUGGGUGAUCUGUUCAGUUUUUUUUGUCUUCUCAGUGGCUGAUAUUGUAAAUCUGGAGGGAGAGUCUUUAUUAAAACAACUGGAUCAGAUACUACAAGUGAUAGUGUAAGCUGGUGAAAAGACACUGAGACGCAGGUGCUUAUGGCGAGAGUUCAAGUCCUUUGUGCAAACAUUUGCUUUGGCAUAGUUUGGAGUUUUAAUCUAUCCACACAGGUGCAGAGACAAUAACAGUAUUUUACACUAUAACAAUGAUAAGGUCAUGCUGUUGCAGCGUAGCCACACCGAUGUUUUAAGAUCGGCAGAAAAUUUGAUGCAGUUAUGAGAGUUUUAUGUUGUAGAAAUAAGCCUUUUUGAAAUUGAGGUGAUUGCCUGUCUCUUAAUGAAAACAAAACAGUGUUCAAAUGUAAUCUGGUACUUUGGGCUGUUUAAAGCGGUUUCUGAAAGACCUUGGCUCAAUCGGCGUCUUUGGUAAAAUAUUGUCUUUUAGAGGUCACCAGCUGCUUUUUUUCUGCACACAUGACCUUUGCUUCCAAUUUGCUUAACUUUAUGUCAUGUAUUAUUUUUCAGAUGUUUGCAAUAGCUGAGAGUCUUGGUGGUUAUGAAAGUUUAGCAGAACAUCCGUAAGUAUCAAUACAGGAUUUUGUUGUUCAUUGGUUAUUUUUGCUAAGUGUUGAUAUUUUAGUCAGAAAAACAACAUGAUGUUAAAGAUAUUGUACAAGUUCAUAACCUAAUCACAACUGAGACAACUUUUAUAGUGCAACUUUUGGAAAUGUAAUGCAACAAAGGUACCAUGAGGGGGCAGCAGAGAUUAAGAUAAAAAAAGAUGCCCAUAGACUUUCAUUGGGAUACUUUCUUGGUACAACAAACCUAAUCUGUCUGCUUUCACCUGAAUUAUAGCAGCAGAAUGUUUCUCUUUUAAUGGUUCAGUUCUCAGUAUGUUUUUCUUUGUCAUGGUUUUAGGGCAAUAAUGACUCAUGCAUCAGUUCCUGAAAAAGAGAGGAACAUCUUAGGAAUCAGUGACACACUGAUCCGCCUCUCUGUGGGGCUGGAGGAUGAGGCCGACAUCAUUGAAGACUUGGAGCAAGCACUGGAUGCUGCUGUAAGUACAAACUAAUGCAGGGGGUUAAAUGAUAAGGAAAAAUGCUUUUUGCCUGUUAAUGUCGAUAUCUUUAAUAAAAGUUAGAACUGUGAUCAUUUCCGCUUUGUAAUGUAGAUAGAGAAAUAAAAAAACAGGAAAUCUAGCAGACUUUGAAGUCUGCUGUGAUGGAAAUGCAGAUACCACACGUGUGACUGGCUCAUAAGAUAAAUGAUGCUGCAUGCCUGUGUGGACUUGAAAAGUACAAGGUUAUAGCUUAUCUGAGAGCUGUGUGUGGUUUCAUAUGAUUAGAAGCCUUUACCUUUGGUUGUUAAUUGAAAAAAUGAAACCCUAGUGGAUUAAAAUUUCCAUUUGGUGCGUUUUUAGGAAUCAGAAAACAAGUUGCUCCUUUUUUAUUGGGAAACAUUUUAAUGCAGAAAAAAGUAUAGCGCAGAAUCUGGCACAUCAGUCUCUAUGAGGAUAAAUCGCCCCAAGGAAAACAAGUGGGAAUUGUCUUGGGAACGCUUAUGGACAGCCAGACCUGGAAGAGUUGCUGACCAAGACUGAGUUAGGUGUGCAGCAGUUGCAUGCUGUGCACUUUGUAGUGAGCUGCGGUAUAUCCACUCCUCCUGUAACCCCCCUCUCCGUGCUGCACAAUCAGAUCCAUCAUCCACUGUGAUGUUUCUCUAUCUGUGCUGCAGCACGGGUGAACCUCUCUAAAGGCUUUUCACUGUCGAUAUUUCUCCAUUUUGUUCCCGCUCAGUAAAUUUCUGAUUGUUGAUAUUGUUCCUGUUUCUCAUAAAACCACAUUGUUCUGUGUGACCAUAUUAAGUAAAGAAAAAAGGUUUAUAGACUCCAGCAGAUUCAGAUUUAAAAAAUACUUGAGUCAGAUUUAUUCGCCUCAUGCAGUUGUAUUUCUUUGGAAAAAAUUCUGAAUAUUUCUGCUUUGGAGACCAGCUGAGGUAUUCCCAGAAUCCACAGCCAGAUUCAUUGCUUGGGUUCAGCUUCUCUCAUCUCCUUGCACCUUUUCUCUUAGAUCUGGCUGUGCUUAUCCAGACAUCUGUGAUUUUAUCACAUUUCUCUCUGCUGGAAAGUCUGGUGUUGGCACUCUAGUGUCUAUCACACCUCUAUCGUUCUUUCAAUCCUGGCAUGGCAACUGAGGUUUUUACCAAAUGCAAAUGAUCUGGAUCGAUUUAUUGAUUUUACCUGUCAGGGUGGAAGGUUUAUGGAUGUGUAUUUUAUGUACUGUCACUUUAAAGAGGAAAAAAACAGAAAGUAAUGAAACAGCAAAAAUGCAACUGCUGGUUUAGAAUUAAUUUGGCAUAUGUGGACCAGAGUUGGCAGAGAAUUUAUCACAUUCAGUCUGUGGUAUCAGAGCUCAAGUUUACUCUCUGUGGAUGAUUCACCACUAAUUCCCCUCUGUCACCUGGAAAACCAUCAGCUGGGUGUUUAAGUUUCAUAAAAUCCUCCUUUGCUUCCUGCGUAGCUUCAUCCUGCAUGUCAAGCUGCACUUCCUCUCCCCUGGAUACAGAUAAUGUCUCUGAGUCCCUCUGCUGCCCAGCUGUAGCAAAUGGAAAUUAAAUGGAGACAAAUAUCUCAGAGAUUGGUCUGUGGGCCCAGGAAGAUGCACCUCUGAUGGGUGCAGCGUUUAAUUGAAAGAGAUAGCAGGUCAGACAGGGGCAGGCAGUUAAUCUUACAGCUAAGUGACUUGCCUUUGGGUUAGUUCGGAAACACAAACUUUGCUGUUGGCAACAUGUUUGAGAAAUUAACAGUUCAAUCUGUUAAGGACCUUUUUAAUCUUCUUUUGACCUGCUGCAUGUUGUUGAUUGCUACUUAACGGUCUCUUUUCCCUGUUGUCUUCCAUUAGCAUCCAAAGAAGAAGUGAACCGGGCAACCUUAACGCUGACGCUGGCUAAAUAAAGAAGCUCGGGGGUACCUGAAGUCUUAAAUCCCUGCAGAUCAAUGUUUGGUACCUCAGUGAAGCGCACAAACUGCAGAGAUUAGCCUAUCAGGGAACAGCUUAUUGAACUAAAAAAAAAUUAUACUCUCUGUGAAUAAUUACAACAAUGGUUACUUAAGAAUUUAUCUGAUGCUAAUUUUACCAGAACCUCUCUUUUAAUCUUAUUUAUCUGAUGCUGUUUUUGCUUUUAUAUGUUCUUUUGUUUCAUGUUUUAAAUCAGUUUUGUUUUGAAGGCUUUAAUGUGUCAUUCAGCUAUGUGAACAGUACAAGGUUCUGCAGGUAAAAGAAACACCAAACACUGUAUUUACUGUAUCUCUUUACUGUAUAAACCACUUCAGGCUGCAUCCUAGUUUUAAUGCACAUAACAGUCAGCAAAUGAAACAUGUCAACUCCUACUGGCCAAAUCUCUAGCUGCAACCAGUUUUAAUGUCCCCUUUUAUUAUCCGUGUAAAAAACACAUUUGUCUUGAUUAAUUUCUAUACUUCUGCCUCACCAGACUGGUAAAGUUUAUGCUGUUAUAAAUUCACACACAUAUUCUCCAUCUUGGAUACAUAAAUCAGCUCAAAUAUUGCUCAAAGAUGAGGACUUUGUCACUUACUACAGGGAUAUAAACAAGUUUUCUUUAAGAAAAUUUACAGACUACUUUUGUGCAAGUCGCAUCUGCUGUCAUGCUUUAUUCAUCACACCUCACAAAUAAGGGGGAAUGAUAGUGUCCUUCAAUUUGUGCACUCAUCAGGAUUUAUACCCUUGAGUGAAUAAGAUUUUGGUGCACAUAUUGAUCGGAGCAGCACUUCCCGGCAUUGGCUUGAAUUUUGGUCCUUACCGUAACAACCUAGAUGGUUAAAAGGAUAUUUAUCAGGAAAUUGUUGGGUGAAAAGCCUUACUUAAUUCUUCUCUUGAACUUAAGUCUAAACAUUGAUGUUCAUAGAGAUAUUGCUGUACUCCGGCACUCCUUUUAGCUCUCUCCUUGUAUUUCCUCAUCACAUCACUGCUCAGUUCACGCUUCAUUUGGAACAGACCACUCAAGAUCAAUGUCAUUAUGUAACCAACAAAUCCAUUAAAAUCAGUUUGCUGUAUAAGUC